AUGCAGAGAACAGUCUCUGUAUCAAGUCAUGAUGACUCGGCAAGUGCAGACCGCAUCAAAGAAGGCUUUGAAGCAAUGCAAUAUUUACACGGAGCGCAGUAUUCUUCAUCGCAGCCGCGAGAACGUGCCCAGCUUGCGGAGCAGCUCCGGGCCGACGCCAGGACGCUAGAGACCAAGCUUCGUCACACUCAAAGGCGUAUCAACCAGUUGUCGCCUAUAGGCUCCUUAGCUCCCGAGACGCUCGGAAUUGUCUUCUCCUUCUUCUCAGAGCUUGAGCAGCCUCGAGCGUUCAACCAGUGCACUUCCGGCUCAUUGGGAUGGCUACGACUGAUGCACGUUUGCAACGCGUGGCGGAAUGUCUGUAUUUCAACUCCACAACUUUGGGCCAAUUCGCUUGGCAGGCUGCCCCGUGCUUUGCCCGUCUUUUUGAAGAGGGCAGGCGAGCAUACCCCACUCAGGUUCCACCUCUCAGACAACUGGGACACUUGGAUCGCUGGAUAUAGCUGCACAGCCGACUGCGCCGACUAUCGUCCCGAUAUGGUGAACGUGACUACUGAACUCUUAUUGCGAUCGAGACGCAUCGUUGAUCUCGAGUUACAUCUCCCCAUGUCAGGAGUUGGAACUACCAUCGGCGAAACCCUGCGCGAGUAUGAUUUUGGGGCCCUCACACACCUUCGUCUCGAGACUGCCGUAGUUGGCGGUUCAAGAACGUUAAUGCGCGCCUCGCUCGUCUCGCACAUGCUACGAACCGCGGACUUUGGUGGUUCUUUCAUACCAAUCAUUGCUCCGUCCCUCACCUUCUUGUCCUUGAAAAACAUCUUCGGUGGGCUUGAUGGGAAUAUGCUGCACGACGUGAUCCGCGCCAGUCCAUGUUUGGAGGCUAUCAUUCUCAUUGAUCUGCCUCGCGGAGUGCUUAAGGAGAAACCUGAGCGCCAGGCGGUCAGCUUGCAUCGGCUAGUCUACCUCCGUAUUUCAUUGACAGCGACUGGUGAAGAGAUCAACACAUUUGUGAGGAAACUGAAAACCCCUCGCACGGUACAGAUGGACGUUUGUUGGUGCUUUAAGCCAUUGAACAUGGCGGAUCACGAAGCCGUGCAUUCCAUCUUCAAGGCGACGUACUUGGAAAGGGAAGAAACGGCGCUUGAAAUAAAGAAAGACUCAAUCGAGCUGCGUACAUCUUUCUGUCGGGGACGUUGGCAGCAGCUGAAACUCUCCAUCACCCUUGGAAAUAACGGCUCCGCUGAUAUUCUACGGGACGCGUGCCUCGGUCCAUAUCUCGAAAAAGUCGUGCAUCUCACGGUCAGCUCUGUGUUUUAUGCGGCUGUGGACGAGUGGGCACAGAUAUUUGCGCUUUUGCCGAGCGUCGAUACAUUGGAAUUGAGCGUGUGCAGGAGUUCUUUGCGGCCUCUGUCACUUGAACACAUUUUUCACGCACUUGCCCGGUGCUUUGUCGAAGACAAGAGCUUCCCUACUCUCAUCCCACUACCGAAGCUGUCGACUUUGACACUGAACACGACCAUUGACGCCAGCACAAUCUCAAUACGAAACGAAAUUCUGCCGUGCCUGAGCUUGCGCGCGUUUGCGGAGGCAAACUCGCUCCGCACGAUCUGCUUAGAGGGAUUCGAGGCGAUUCCCUCCCUAGACAGACAAUUGCGAGAAGUAGUCGGCGCCGUGGCGUGGAAAGAUACUUGA